AUUGGCCUUCUUUGCUACUAUAAGAAGGACUGUGGCGAAGAAUGUGACUCUAUCCCAGUGACAUGUUCAGAGAUCCGGCUGAACCGUAGCAGCUUCCUCAGCGAGAUUACUCACUACGCAGAAACCAGCCGAGACAUUAUUAUGCUGGAUUCGUCCGUGCUUGUGGCUGGGGUAGUCAUUGGCGUAGUCCUCUUUCUAUCCUGUGUGGCCAUCCUGAUUGGCAGUCUGCGAAAGAAUCAUUGCUUUCGACAUCUGCAGUUGUGGAGCGAUGCCAGCUACACUCCAGACUGUUUUUCCUAUGGUGGCUCCGUCGGAGAGCUAAGAUCCAGCUGCGCUGAAGAAUUCCCACCAACAUUUUACUUUAGCUCUUACAUGGAGGCACUUUCCCAGGCCAACAUCAUACAUCCAGACUCGCCACCACGGUAA